AUGAAACACGCCCAAGACCCCGCCUUGAACCCGGCCAAAGCCAUUAUCUCCCUCCUCCUCGGCCUCUCGACCCAAAUCGAGAAACUCACCACAGAAGUCCCCACCCUAUCUGCGAGACACACCGCCGACGUUACCCUCCUGAACUCACGCAUCAACAACUGCAUCCCCCAGCACUCCCCAGCCCCCGCCCCCCAGACCCGCCCCCCCCCUCAACGACAACCUGCUCACCAAUCCCGCCAGCCCCCCCGCCCCGCCCCGGCCAUCCCACCCCCCCAAGGUCCCGUGCCCGAAGGGCCAGAGCUCUACCUCAAUGACCCCAUCGAAACCAUCGACCAAAAUGGCAAUAGACGCCUCCUCACCUAUGCCGAAAAACUCAAACAACACCAGGACAACUUCCGCCCCGCUGCCCCCUCCCCCGCCAAUCGGAAUGCAAGCCCCCGCAAACCGUCAGCACCCCUACCAGCAACAAACCUCCCCACUGCUCAACGCCGGUUCUUCGCAACCAGAUCCAAUCCCGCCCCCUUCCCGAACCACCAACAAUUCGAAGCAAGACUCCCCUCCGACCUCGGAAGAGUCCUAGCCAAUGCAGGCCUCACCCACCCACACACCGCCCUCCAAGUCCAGGUCAACCGUAACGGCACUGUCACCUGCACUGCCUCCCCCUCCACCCCCGCUAAAGACAUCGCUCCCUACUUCCCCGGGCUCCUCGCAGUCCUGAACCUCGCCUGCAGCGCCACCGACAACCCGCUCAACGAGUUCCAACUCGCGCCAACUAAUGUCGACUACACUAUCCAUAACAUCCCCAUCUUCGCCCUUGACGUCCCAGACUCCCUCUUCACCCCCCACCUCGCCGAAGCCGUCGCCCUCACCACUGAAGCGUCAGUCUCGAGAGCCCGAUACCUCUCCAAGCCCGAAAAUAGAGUCAGGAAAACCACCACCUCAAUCGUCAUCUCCAUACCCGCCGAAGACACCAACAAGAUCGGAGACCAAAUCCGCUUAUUCGGUCGCUCCCGCCGAUGCAAUAAACUUUGGCCAGCAUCCCCUAACACCCUCUGCCGCAGGUGCGCCCGCCUAGUACACGCCACAGAAGGAUGCCAAUCAUCCUCACCCACAUGCCCUCUCUGCGCAGGCAACCACCUCCGCAAAGACCACCGCUGCCCCAACCAAGCCUGCCCUAAUGAAGGCCACCUCAAACCUGUCAUUGAUUGCUGCGCCACCUGGAAAGCCAAAUGCAUUAACUGUUCUGGCAAUCACAUCGCCUCCUACAGAGAGUGCCCCGCUAGGCACUCCCGCACCCACACCACCACCACAGCACCCGCCCCUCAAGGCAUCUCCCCCGCCCCCCAGAGCUCCCCCGACAACCUAUCACCGGUCACCCCGUUCCAUCCCUCCACCCCUCAGUCCACAUCAGUACACGCACCUCAACAACAAGAGCCCGCGGAAGAGGACUUGACCAUGUCGCAGUAA